GUAAGCAAACUAAAGUCAAGGAAAACUAUGUGCAGUUUUCUUCGUAGUUUUGUUUUUAUUUCAAACAACAACAAAAAAAACUACCAACAAGAAUUUUGUUCGCAAUAACAUUGUAGUAUAAUUAUUUCUGUGGAAUUAAUAAUACCAUUGAAUCAAAAACGUCAUUUAAAUGGAAAAGAGUGUCGAAUAAAGUCCAAUUCCAUAAAAAUUACUAAACGAGAUUUUUUUUGCUGAAAAUUCAAUCAAAAGAGACGAUUAACAAAUGAGAGAGAAAUAGUUUUGAAUACACACAAUUCGAUUAAUUUUAGUGAAACAAAAACGGCACACGUAUAAUCAUUUGACGCGAACUGUCAGUGCGCUGUUGAACAACUACAGAUGCAUUUGAUAAAUAAAAAUAAACAGAACUACUGAAAGUUGGCAUCAAAGCGAAAAUUAAAGGGAGCUACCAGUGUCGAAUAUAGUUCGGAAGCUCAUCGGAGCCACUGUGAGCCACAUUUAAUUUUCAAUUCAAUUGGAAAUUACAUCGAAGACGAUUAGUGUACGCUAUACAAUCAGCUCAUUUAUGCUAAUCGAUUUGUGGUUAACAAUAGAGUUACAUUUUUAAUUGAAUUGUCGUUCGAUUUGUAGUUUAUUCGUGGGUGAAUUCCAUUCGAAUUGUUCAUUUCGAAUUCAUUCAAUCCGAAUUGCAAUCAAACAUUCGUUUGUGAAUUGAAUAGAAAUAUGAAAAAAAUUCUAUCAAAAUUCGAUAAAAAUGAGCGAAUGGAUAAUAGCAACACUGCAUCAAACCAACGUGAUGGGAGUUGUUUUAUUGGAAAAGUUUUUACAGUGGGUCGAACGAUAGUUACGGUCGAGGACAUUUUAGCUGAAGGUGGAUUUGCCGUAGUGUUUUUAACAAAACCAAAUGGGAGUAGUAGCAGCAAUAAUAUUCGAUACGCACUGAAACGGCUCUAUGUUAACAAUCAAGUGGAUUUGAAUGCGGCCAAAAGAGAAAUUCAAAUCGCUAGCAACUUAUCAGGGCACAAAAAUAUAAUUGGUUACAUUGAUUCGAGCAUAACACCACACCCUGGUGGUGUGUUCGAAGUGCUUAUGCUGAUGCCGUAUUGCAAAACGAAUGUUUUGUCAAUGAUGAAUGCAAAAUUGGCCGCUGGAUUUACGGAAAUCGAAGUUUUACAGAUAUUUUGUGAUAUUGCUGAAGCUGUGUCCCGACUGCAUCACUGUCAAACGCCAAUCAUCCAUCGUGAUCUAAAAGUGGAGAAUAUUUUACAAGCCGAAAGUGGUGAUUUUGUUCUAUGUGAUUUUGGUUCGGCCACAGCGCGUGUAUUAAAUGCUAAAACGCACGGCAUUUCAAAUGUCGAAGAUGAAAUUCGAAAAUUUACGACUCUGUCGUAUCGAGCACCCGAAAUGGUUGAUUUAUAUGCCGAAAAGAAUAUAACGACCAAAGCAGAUAUUUGGGCAAUGGGCUGUUUACUAUAUAAAUUGAUGUAUUUUACAUUGCCCUUUGGCGAAUCAGUUUUAGCCAUCCAAAAUGGGACAUUCUCCAUUCCAGACAAUUCACAAUACUCGAUUGGCCUACAUAAGCUUGUUAAAUAUAUGCUAGAACCAAAUCAAGAUCUACGACCAAACAUUUGGCAAGUUUGUGAGAUCGCAUUCAAAAUUCAAUCGAAAGAUAAUCCUGUUACAAACAUUCAAAAAUCGGAAGCCCCAGUUCUAGAGAACCUAUCAUGUCCACCAUUUGAAAGUGAAUUAAAACGAGCGUCCGUUCAAAAAACAACGAUUGCUCCGAAGCAACAAGUCGCCGAGCUUGGGACCAGCGUUGCGCCCAGACAACGUCCCAAAGGCAAUGUGUCUUCGCAAAAUUUACCUCUGGUAUUACCGUCGAGCCCAUCGCCGAGAAAUACAAUUGCUUCACCGUCACCACAAGUUUUACAGAGUACGGAUCCAAAUUUCGAUGCAUGCGAUAAAUCAAGCAGUAUUUCUCAAACACCAGUUUCACCGUAUGCAUUGAAAUCCAAAGCAAAUGACCUAAAGACACCAACUAAAUCGAGCGCAAAUGAACAAUUAUUUGAAGCAAAAUUUGCCGACAGUUUCAGUGAUACAACGAAUUUACCGCAACCACCAUUGAGCGGUUCGAAAAAAGAUAUUCAAUCGCCUACUUCUCCAAUGCAUCAACAAUUAUUGAAUGCUCCUAAGGUAAUGGCUGGUGGUCAUCGCAGGAACAUGAGUGACACCUCUGCAUUUAACAAAACAUUCGCAAAUGAAACCAAUGAGUUCUUAGCGCCGUAUGAAGCAUCUCAUAAGGCGCGAGUGAACUUGUCAUUCGGACCAUCUUCCAUUCCUCAUACUUUAGAAACUGCUGAGAUUAGUGAGCAAUUUUCAAAUGUACAAUUGAGAUCGUCGAUUUCAAGUGCCGAAUUGCCAACAACAAAUGACAAAAAUAGUAAUAAACCAAAUUCAUCGACGGGAUUAUCGCAAUGGAAUCCAUUUGAAGAUCCAACGCCUUUCAAUCAAAUGACAGAAGAUCACAUCUAUGAAGCUGAAUUUGAUGCUUUAAGAGAUCGACCCAAUGCGCCAAAAGGUGAAAUCAAUUCACCGAUACGAAAUACAAGCAAAGUAUUUCCACCGCAAGAUCUAUCAUCGCCCAUAUCGCAGGGUUCUCAAACCUCUUCCUCGUCGGUGUCAUUGAAUGGUCCACCAUCUGAAGCACCACCUCCAUUGCCUCCUCAACUAUCGCAGGAAGAAAAAGAAGAGGCAUCCAAUGAAGAUCCUUUCGCUUCUGCUCCGUUUAGUUUACCUUCGGGCUUUCGACGUGCUUCACAAAAAGCAAACCGACGCUAGAAUCAAAUCGAAUAAUUUGAAAAGGAGAAAAACAAAAAAUACUUCAAUGUGACACACACAUACACACAAUACACAAAUCACUAAUGUUUUAUGCCAAUGAUAACGAUUCCUUAUAUUGAAAAGAUUAAUUUGUUUUUUUGAAUAAUUGUAAUUAGAAUGUUGAUGAAUGAAAAUACAUGAUUGUAUUAAAUGAUGAACGAUUUCUAUGCCCUAUGCAUUUAGGACUGAAUAGAGAAUUUCAGACGAAUAAGGAAUUGUAUAAAUUUAAAUGUGUUAUCCUUUAUUGUAUUAUUAUGUAUUUGAAAUAUUGUUGCAUUUUUAUUUCUAUUCCUCUAUAUUCCUCAAUUUCACAAGGUUAAAAAAAAUAAUAUUAAACGAAAAUCAUUAAAAGCAAAAAAUGAAAGCAAAUGAAAAACAUGAUAUAUCAAUUGGAUGGAUUUAUACAUUUGAAUCCUAUAAACGCCUAACUAAUUAAUUUUAUUAUUGUAUUAUUAUUAUUAUCAUUAUUAAAAAUUGAGAAUUAAACGUAA